AUGAGGCAGCAACGGAAGAAAUACCCACUGACUCUCCAGCAAGUCGAAAAAAACCUCGAAGGUGUCAAUAUUGCAACCGGGAAUUUCGGCGACACGAACACCUCCAACGACAUCUUCGUAUUCACACUAAUGAAAAGCCAUAUAAAUGCUCCUGUGGUUCAUCAUUCGGUCGUCGUGACCUCCUUAAGCGCCAUCAAAAACUCGGGCAAUGUGAGCUUAUUACCCCUUCGCCGCAGCAGUCAUCACCAGCGACUGGUCCAGCUGGUGACAAUACCCAAUGGCAAGACAAUCCUUUGCCUGUGGAUCAGGGUAGAAGGGGCUUUUUAUGGGAAAUCCCCGACCUGCAUCAUCAUACCUCAACAGGACCCGAACCAGGGACGCAAGUCACUGGUCCAAUUUACGAAGUUCGAAUCUCUAGAUCAAUCUCUCUUCAACCAACAGGAUCUGCUGGCGUUAGAAGAUAUUGAAUCUUUCAGCCAGAACUUCGGUCUGAAUACGGACUGGUACUUACCGACUGAACCUAGCAUCACUCAAAUCUUCGCUGGGGAGCCUUCAACCACUUCACUUCCAACUCCUUCUUCUCCAUAUCCAGUUCAACAUGAAGAUGCUCAAUCAAAUCAAUCUCUCAGCAAACUCCCCAUCGAGAGGCAAGCCGUCGCCGAGUUUGGAGUUUUGACAUUGCCAAUCCUUACAGUCACGCCUCAACAUCGAACUCGGCUUCUUAUGGCAUUGUCAAAUGAUUCUCAUGCCGCACCCGACGAAGAUCUUCUACCGUCCCACCAUUCACUCACUCGAUUCAUGAAUGGAUUCUUUGAUGGAUUCUAUCCCCAUGUGCCGGUGAUCCAUAUUCCGACCUUCAACAUUGAUGACUGCGACCCAGGAAUAUUUCUCGCUAUGUCUGCCUUGGGGGCUCAAUAUAGACAUGAGCAUCGCAAAGCAGUCUCCCUGUUUCAUGCAUCACGGAGGAUACUACAACAAAGCACGGACGAAAAGACUCGAACCGGAACCCAGAGGAAUUCAUCCUCAGGCUCUAAUUUACAAAAUCGAGAUGAGCGCCAUAAUGACAGAAAUACCUCACUCGACGUGUGCUGCGCUUUGUUUCUAAUCGCUUUUGCCACAUGGCAGGGCGAGGAAAACAUUAUAAAUGAGGCAUUCAACUUGCAGAGUUACCUGGCGAGAUGUGUCCGAGAUACCCAUCUAGAAGAACAAACAGAUCAGCCAAAUAGUACACUAGACUGGCGGUCGUGGGUAAGAAAGGAAUCCGACAGACGCCUCAAGCUGUUCUCCUUUACUCUUCUGAACCUGCAUUCCAUUGCAUUUGGAACCCCGCCGGUUAUAUUGAGUGAUGAGAUACAUCUACGCCUCCCGUGUACUUGCUUGGAAUGGAUUGCCCCAAACCAACAUAAAUGGUCUGCUGUCCGCAAAUCAGUCUACCAAGAGCAGAUGAUGUUUCAGGAAGCCCUUUCGCAAUUAAUGAAGCCCCACCGAGAGCAGCCACCUCAAAAUGCACAAGUUAUCCCAUCGCCGCUAGCAAACUACGUCCUAUUACAUGCUCUCAUCCAAAAGAUUCUGGUCGCCUAUCAGGCUUUUCGACUAUAUGAUGACGAGGAAAGUGUAUUCAUCAACAAACAAAAAGAAGCCAUGCGGAAUAUGCUUCAUGCCUGGACAUCCCAAUGGCAACGAGCCCCUGAAUCAAGUCUAGACCCCCGUAACCCGAACGGACCCGUUACGUUCACUUCCACCGCAUUGCUUGGACUUGCCUAUGUUCGACUGGGCCUUGACCUGGGGGCACACAAGAUACUUCGAUCUAGAGACCCAACCGAUAUUGCGAAUCGACUUUUGGAGAUGCCAAAACUCCCAGCAGGCCCACAUCUCCUCCCGGCAAUUUUGCACGCGACUCACGCGCUCAGUAUCCCAGUAAGACUGGGAAUCAACUUUGUAGCUCGCAGUCAUGCCUUUGUGUGGAGUAUCCAGCAUUCCCUCUGUGGCUUGGAAUUUGCGAUAUUCCUAAGUAAAUGGCUGUUCUGCCUGUCUAAUUGCCAGAAGAGCCGUCCUCUGGAUGAGCACGAAUCCCGCCUAGUCGGCUGGAUUAGCGAUAUCGUCGAAGAAGGCCGGACAUCUGGUGAUGACGACCUAUGGGUCCAAGCCGGUGAUCCAUCUUCCUGCGAAUAUCUAGGAUUUGCAGUUGUUAAGCUUUGGGCCCGCCUUAUCAGAGGAAAUGAACAGUGGGCCAUAUUGAAGGCCAUUGGAGAUGGGCUUGAUAUCUAUGCGAAUACCUGCGAACAGCGUCUAGUCCAGUCCAACUUGAAUACAAGUACCAAUUGA